AUGAGUAAUAGUGUUGAUAUAAAAAGGAAGGAAAAAACAUGUGUUUGCUUUCUUAAUAAGAUAGCAUUAAAAUGUUUACCUUUUUUCAAUUAUGAUUUAUUUUUAAAACAAAGAUUAGAUACAACAUUCAUAUAUGCUAUUAGCCUCAAUUUUUUUACUGCUUUAGUACUAUUAUUUAAAGUUGGCCAAGCUGAUGCCAUAGCUGCUUCUGGGCCACUACCUAGAGAUGGGACCACGAAAACUGAUACCUACAAUGUUUUGAGGUGUAUGCAACUGCUAGGGGUUUCUAACACAACGAUUAUAGCUACUUCUGAAGUAAAUGACUUGGUGGUCUUUCAUAAUCGGACCAUAGUAAAUAUGACAUGUGUAGUUAAAGUUACUUCUAGGUGUUAUCUUCGGUACGGUUAUGAGAUCGCAAUGGAGAAUUUCUUCUACGCAGAAUUUCCAUCAGAAUUGACAAGAUUGGGUACGUUAGGCGAUGUAUUGGAUGGAAAUGUAGAUCUACCAGAGUUCAAGAGAUUUGACAGAAUGAAAGACCCCCGCAAUUCAACAGAGGCAGCAUUAGCUACAUGUGGGCGGACAGUUGGUGGCUAUUAUGCUACUGUCUUCAAGUAA